UUUCACCAAGCAGAGCUGCAGAGAAAUGGUACGGGAAUGGAGGAGUACACGCACCAGACAAGAACUGUCAAGUACAAGUGAUGCUGGAAGAAGCGGAACGUCUUGUGAUGACGUCACGAGAUGUCCUGCCAGUGAAAGCGCGUCCCAGGCCAAGCCGAAGCGGAAGUACGCCAACGCGAAACAUCACAAGCUCGGCGUGUGCGACAAGGCUUUCAGCCGCAAAUCGAACCUCAAAAGUCAUCUCGCGACGCACGCUGGCAAAAACCGGCACGCCUGCCCAUGCUGCCCGGCAACUUUCGCGAGGAAAUCGGCCCGCGACAGGCACUUGGUGGCGCACUCGGGCGAAAAGAAGCACGGCUGCCCCACGUGCGGCAAAAAGUUCGCCUGCAAGGAGUCUCUUGCGAAUCACCUCCGCCAGCACACUGGCGAAAAACCGUUUAAGUGCCAUUUCUGCCCGGCGGAGUUCACGAAUCGGUUCACGUUAAGAGGACACAUUUGCACCCACAGCGGAGAAAAGCCGUACAAGUGCGAUCAUUGCGGCAAAAGGUACGCGCAACGAGAGACCCUUGUGCGGCAUAACCGGAUGCACACCGGCGAGAAGCCAUUUAGUUGUGACAGGUGUCCGGCCGCGUUCGCCCGGAAGGGAACGCUUAGCCGUCACCUCCUGACGCACUACAAGGAGAAGUCGUGGCAGUGCAGCCAGUGCUCUAAGACAUUGGCGACUAAGUACACCCUCAAGAUCCACUUGCGGUUGCAUACCGGCGAACGGCCGUUUAAAUGCGACGUCUGUCCAGCCGCCUUCACCCAAAGAUAUGCCGUGCAUGUUCACAAGCGGACCCACACUGGCGAAAGGCCCUACGAAUGCGGCAAUGUGCGGCCGCAGAUUCACGACGAGUACUGGUUCCUGGAGAUGCCAAAGAAGCAUGACGGCAAACUGAAGACAUCCCGAUGUCCUGCCAGUGAAAGCGCGUCCCAGGCCAAGCCGAAGCGGAAGUACGCCGACGUGAAACAUCACAAGUGCGGCGUGUGCGGCAAUGAUUUCAGCUGCAAAUCGAGCCUCAAACGUCAUCUCGCGACGCACGCUGGCAAAAACCAGCACGCCUGCCCAUGCUGCCCGGCAACUUUCGCGAGGAAAUCGGCCCGCGACAGGCACUUGCUGACGCACUGGGGCGAAAAGAAACACGGCUGCCCCACGUGCGGCAAAACGUUCGCCUGCAAGGAGUCUCUCGCGAAUCAUCUCCGCCAGCACACUGGCGAAAAACCGUUUAAGUGCCAUUUCUGCCCGGCGGAGUUCACGAAUCGGUUCACGUUAAGAGGCCACAUUUUCACACACAGCGGUGAAAAGCCGUACAAGUGCGAUCAUUGUGGCAGAAGGUACGCGCUACGACUGACCCUCGUGCGCCACAACCGGAUGCACACGGGCGAGAAGCCAUUCAGUUGUGACAGGUGUCCGGCCGCGUUCGCCCGGAAGGACACGCUGGACAAUCAUCUCCUUACGCACACCAAGGAGAAGUCGUGGCAGUGCAGCCAGUGCUCUAAGACAUUCGCGAGGAAGGCCACCCUGACGCGCCACUCGCAGGUGCAUACCGGCGAACGGCCGUUCAAAUGCGACGUCUGUCCAGCCGCCUUCGCCCGAAGAUAUACCCUGCAUGUUCACAAGGGGACCCACACUGGCGAAAAGCCCUACGAAUGCGGCAAUGUGCGGCCGCAGAUUCACGACGAGUAGUCACCCCAACACCCACGCGCACGGCGCCCAUGGCACUGCAAGCGCUGGUGCGCGCGAUCCAUGUAACCAGGAGCCUCCGAUCGCGGCGCAACAACCUGCGCAAGACGCCGCCGUAAAGCUGUUGUGGGCAGUC